GAAUUCGACGACGCCCUGACUGGAUAACGAGCAUUGCUGGAUUGGCUUGGCCUGGAUCUUUGUUGAAUAGGCAUUGUGAAUUUUAGAGCUGAAAAGCUUAGAGGAAAUGAAGACGCGACCCACAGGAAACAAUUCCAACACCGACUGGAUGGGCUCCCUGUGCCCUGCCCUCACAUCCAUGCCCCUCAAGCACCUGGCGGUUCCUGGUUCUCAUGAUUCCUUCAGCUUCUGGGUGGAUGAACAAGCUCCAGUCGGUCCAGACCAGAAAACGUAUGUGAAGCACCUGGCUGCGAUAUUCCGCUUCCUGGCCAAGAAGGUGAUGAAGAAGUGGUCCAUGACCCAGAACCUCACCUUCAGGGAACAGCUCGAGGGAGGAAUACGCUAUUUCGACCUGCGUGUUUCCUCCAAACCAGGAGAACCAGGCCACGAAAUAUACUUUAUACACGGGCUGUUUGGACACAAUGUACGUGAUGGCCUUAAUGACAUUAACAAUUUUUUUAACCUACACAAGAAAGAGGUUGUUUUUUUAGACUUUAACCAUCAUUAUGCAAUGAGCGAGGAGCACCAUCAUUACCUAAUCAAGAUGCUGAAGGACGUGUUUGGUCACAAGCUCUGCAAGAUUGACGUGGUGGAGGACAUCACUCUGAAUUAUCUGUGGGAGAACAGGUACCAGGUCAUAGUGUUCUACCAUCACCCAUCUGCUGAGGGCUGUCCUGUGAUGUGGCCUGGUAGUAAAAUUCCUGCCCCAUGGGCCAAUACCACAGACACCACCAAGCUCAUCCAAUUCCUGGAGACAACUCUGAGUGAACGAGCCCAAAACGGCAGCUUUCAUGUCUCUCAAGCCAUUUUAACCCCACGUGUCAAGACCAUCGCCAGGGGCCUGGUACAGGGGCUAAGAAACUACCUGGUGGAGAAGAACCUUCCAACCAUAAUGACGUGGGUGGAGGCACAAAAGCCAGGAGUAGAUGGGGUCAAUAUCAUCACUUCAGACUUUGUAGAACUUGUGGACUUCGCAAACACUGUCAUUAAAUUAAAUAACCUCUUCAUUCAGGAUCGGCCAGGCACAUGACCUUUUCAGUGACCACCAUGAAGACUGAAAGUGUGCUGACCAUAAGGACCUGGAAUCACAUGGGGGUCACAGCAGGUGACGGAUAUUUAUGACCAUUUUUUUAUAUUUAAUUCAACAGACCUUUAGGUGCCAUCAAUCUGAUG